GGGGCGUCGCGGCGUAAGGAUUUGGCGGGCGCGAGCAAAUUGAGUAGUCGCUCUGCCAGAGGUCUGAACCUCUUGCCGGAAAGGACGCUUCUCCUUCCCUUCUGCUCCCAGUUUCCGUAAGACUCUGGGAGCAGCCUGGCGCCACCUUGCCCCCACGGAAGAAAUCCAGCGAGCGCCCGGGGGCGUGAGAGGAGGCCUGUCCGCCCACCUAGUGGGACCACCCGCUCCCCCUGGACCCAGACUCGGGGCAAGCGGCGUGGGGAACGCGGGGAGUCCUGGCCCCACCACCCACCUGCCGGGUGACCUUGAGCUGCCCAGCCACAGACUCCUCCCCAACGAGGCUGGUGACAAUUCCGUGGACUCGUGCACGGGAAACACCAGACGCGUAGUUAAGCGAUGUGGAGGCCCGAACGAUGAGCUGGAGCCAGUCUCCUGAGCUUCAGAGCUCACUGAGGCGGGAGAUUGAGUUCUUUGCAGACCUGAACUGGGGUUGAGUUAUCUUGGGUACACACAGGAUCUGCCUGGCAUGAGCCAUGUGAAGACACAGAAAGCAGUCAGUCAGCAGCCAGCUAUCCAGAAGAGGAAAGAGAGCCCUCAUGCGACCAGGCUGGCACCCUGAUCUCCUGAACCAUGAGCAUCUAGAUUAAUGGAAAUGCAGUUUGGAAUGAAGUGACCUAAGAGCUGACACUGAGCAGGAAAAAAAGCAGGAAAAGGGAGUCUCAAUGAGUCACACAUACAUAAACAAUUCUUCACAAAGAAGAUUGAACUGUGCAAGAUUUAAAAGGAGGCCACCAGCAAGACUGAGCCUCAAGGGGUAGUGAUGUCUUCACGAGGUCCUAGUGGUCCAGGGUCUGGAUCCCAGAACAAUGACAUGAAAAGACAAUUUCUACUGGAGCGACUGCUGGAUGCAGUGAAACAGUGCCAGAUCCGCUUUGGAGGGAGGAAGGAGAUCGCCUCGGAUUCCGACAGCAGGGUAACCUGUUUGUGUGCCCAGUUUGAGGCUGUCCUGCAGCAUGGCUUGAAGAGGAGUCGAGGAUUAGCCCUAACAGCGGCCGCCAUCAAACAGGCAGCGGGCUUCGCCAGCAAAACUGAAACAGAGCCCGUGUUCUGGUUCUACGUGAAGGAGGUCCUCAGCAAGCACGAGCUGCAGCGCUUCUACUCCCUGCGCCACAUCGCGUCGGACGUGGGCCGCGGCCGCGCCUGGCUGCGCUGCGCCCUCAACGAGCACUCCCUGGAGCGCUACCUGCACACGCUCCUGGCCGACCGCGGCAGGCUCAGCACUUUUUAUGAAGACUGGGCUUUUGUGAUGGACGAAGAAAGGUCUAGCAUGCUUCCUACCAUGGCAGCUGGUCUGAACUCCAUCCUCUUCGCGAUUAACAUUGACAACAAGGAUUUAAACGGGCAGAGUAAGUUUGCUCCUACCGUCUCGGACCUCUUGAAGGAAUCCACGCACAAUGUGACCUCCUUGCUGAAGGAAUCCACACAAGGAGUGAGUAGCCUUUUCAGGGAGAUCACGGCGUCCUCUGCUGUCUCCAUCCUCAUCAAGCCUGAGCAGGAGACCGACCCCCUGCCCGUCGUGUCCAAGCACAUCAGUGCCGAUGCCAGAUGUAAAAAGGAGAGGAAGAAGAAAAAGAAGGUGACCAACAUCAUCUCAUUUGAUGAUGAGGAAGAUGAGCAGAGCUCUGGUGAUGUUUUUAAGAAGAUGCCUGGGACAGGGGAGAGCUCAGAGGAGAACUCCGACCGCUCCUCGAUCAAUAUCAUGUCAGCCUUUGAGAGCCCUUUUGGACCCAAUUCCAACGGAAGCCAGAGCAGCAACUCGUGGAAAAUUGAUUCUCUGUCUUUGAAUGGGGAGUGUGGCUACCAGAAGCUCGAUGUGAAAAGCAUCGACGAUGAAGACGUGGAUGAAAACGAGGACGACGUGUAUGGGGACAGACUGGGGAGGAAGCGCUCGGGCCACUCGGAGUCGCCUGAGAAGCCGCUGGAUGGCAACACCUGCCUCUCCCAGAUGCACAGCUGGGCCCCGCUGCAGGUGCUGCACGGCGACGCCGACAUCCUCUUCCCGGUCAGCACAGCGGGCUCCUAUGGCCCUGCAGAUGCCCCCCUCGGGAGCCUGGAGAAUGGGGCGGGACCUGAGGACCACGUUCUCCCCGAGCCUGGACCUCGGUACAGUGUGGAAACAAGUCCUCCAGGCCAAGGAAGUCCUCUGAGCAGCUUGCUACCUUCUGCCUCCGCGCCAGAGUCGAUGACAGUUAGUGAACUGCGACAAGCCAUCGUGGCCAUGAUGAGCAGGAAAGAUGAGCUGGAGGAAGAGAACAGGUCACUGCGGAACCUGCUUGACGGGGAGAUGGAGCACUCGGCUGCGCUCCGGCAAGAGGUGGACACCUUGAAAAGGAAGGUGGCCGAGCAGGAGGAGCGGCACGUCACGAAGGUCCAGGCGUUGGCAAGGGAAAACGAGGUGCUCAAAGUCCAACUGAAGAAAUAUGUAGGCGCUGUCCAGAUGCUGAAAAGAGAAGGCCAAACAGCUGAAGUUGUACCAAAUCUUUGGAAUGUUGAUGGAGAAGUUGCAGUCCCUGAGCAGAAGCCGGGAGAAGUCGCCGAGGAACUUGCAAGCUCCUACGAAAGAAAGCUCAUCGAGGUGGCGGAGAUGCACGGGGAGCUGAUUGAGUUCAACGAGCGCCUGCACCGGGCCCUGGUGGCCAAGGAAGCUCUCGUGUCCCAGAUGAGGCAGGAGCUCAUCGACCUGCGGGGGCCGGUGCCUGGAGAUUUGAGUCAAACGUCCGAAGACCAGAGUUUGUCGGAUUUUGAAAUAUCAAACCGGGCGCUGAUCAAUGUCUGGAUCCCGUCAGUGUUUCUCCGGGGCAAAGCCGCAAAUGCAUUCCACGUGUAUCAGGUCUACAUCCGGAUAAAAGACGACGAGUGGAACAUCUACCGGCGGUACACAGAGUUCAGGGGUUUACACCACAAGUUACAGAACAAGUACCCCCAAGUGAGGGCCUACAACUUCCCACCCAAGAAGGCCAUUGGAAACAAGGACGCCAAGUUCGUGGAGGAACGCAGGAAGCAGCUCCAGAACUACCUGCGCAGCGUCAUGAACAAAGUCAUCCAGGUGGUCCCCGAGUUUGCCGCCAGCCCCCGGAAGGAGACCCUGGUCCAGCUGGUGCCCUUCUUCAUCGACAUUACCCCUCCUGGAGAACCGCUGAACAAGAACAGCCGGCCCAAAGUGGCACCCCGCUUCCCCAAGCUGUCCCGGGGUCACCCCAGGGAGACACGCAACGUGGAGCCCCAGAGCGGCGACCUCUGACCUCGGCGGCAUCCCAGGCUCGGGCCCUAUGUGCUGCGCCAGCCGCCCCCACCCCGGAGUGACGACCCUGUCCGCCCGGUGAACCCCAGAGAGCACACCUUCCCCACCAGUCACAUGACACCGAUUAAACUGGGCAGUGUGAGAGCCGGGCGUCCUCGCUGGACGGACUCCGACCCGCGGGCGCCGCUCUCCCCUGGCCCUGCCCUGGGCAGCGAGGGCUUUCCGUCCCCCUUCCUCCAGCUCAGGGGCCAGCGGUGGGGUGGGCGCCAGGUCGGGCUCGGAGUGCCCUGGUGGAGAUGCACAAGUCUGACGUUUCAUUUGGUCAGAAGGUUCAUUCAGAAACCACCUGUUGACUCUUCCCCACGUGGGAAGUCGAAUGACUGUUACCCUUUUCUUUUUAAUGAAUGGCCUGCUGCAGCCCAGGGACGUGGAGGGUUUGGGUGGGGGGCUUGUUCCUUUCCAGGCCCUCCCCGCCAGCGGACAGUAGUUCCUGCUGCCAUGCUUCAUGGGGACAGCCCCAUAGCUUUUGUGAGGAGGAGCCGUCAGUGAUGCUGAACUGUGGUUCUUGGAGAACUUUCCCUACCUCCUUAUGGUUCCUCCAUUUAGGAACCCUGGGGCCACCCAGGCCCAUGUGCACCUGGUGACCCUGGGCGGAGAGCCCUGGGUUAGCCAGGAAUCGGUGGCCUGGGCCUCGACAGCCAAGAGGAGAGGCCUCAAGGCUGUGAGAGACUCCAGGAGGCACUACAGGGGGGCCUGGCGCCAGGGCUCUGUGGAGCUCAGCGUGGCUCUCGCUGAACUUGGACACAGCAUCCACUCCACAUAGAUCGUGAUUGUCCCCUAAAGACACAGAUUUGCAACACAGCCUCCUCUCGUGGGAACAGGGCCCUGUGUGCCCCCGAGAUGGAUCCCUGCCGCCCCAGAGCCGGGCCCCUUGGCAGGUGGGGGCAGGAGGCCCCUGCGACACUCCCACGUCGGGUCGCCUCUCGGGCCCAGAGCUGUUCGGCCAGUUGUAACAUCCAGAAUCAUGAAGUUGUCUCCCGCCCUGACAAGCGCUCCUGCAGUUAUGAAGAGAGACAUUUCCUGGGGGACACUGACUACAUAGGAAGAAGUUUGACCCGAAGAGGCUAGAGUCGUAGGGGAAUUAAUGAUGUAAACACAAGUGAAAGGUGGUCAAUAGAAAGCUGACCGUGGGCUCUGCCCGGAACUGUUUCAACUCAUCACCUUACAAGUUGGCGAGUGACCCUGGGUAAGCACUGAGCCCUUCCCCAGUGGAGAACUGGAAGGAAUCUCCUGGAAGGAAUACGCUGUGUGUUCCCCCGUCAGCCAGAGGGAAACUUGUCAGAGCAGUUAAGUAGAGCAGAAAUGCCUUACGCACAGCCCUCCAGAGAAUCGCGGAGGCCUGAGGAACUUCCGAGGGGACAUUCUACCAGGUGAGCCGGACCCACGCGAGCGAAACGAGCCUGCCAUUCUCCACGGAUGGACGCAGGAGUGCGUGUGGCUGGGGCCCAUUUGCCAAGGUAUUUCCACUACACACACGCUCUGCUUGAAUCCCAAGUCCCACGGUGCAGACUGGCCGUGAACACAGAGCCCUCCUCGGCCAAAUCAUCCUCCGCGGCCCUCUGAAAACUCCAGCUGCUCCAGAGCCCUGCCCCCACAUUUGGGUCCUUCCACAAUGGUCACUUUGACACCAGGUGGCGGGCUGGCCCAGCAGACUCUGCACCCAAGUUGUCGCCUCUCUGUUCGAGACACGGAACAGAACCCCCUGACGUUCCCAGGGCUCGAGGUUCUGAUCAACCAGCCUUUUCUGGCACCUGAUCUGCCAAAACACAUCUGCGUGUGAAUCUGACCUCACUUCCACCCGCCCCGCCAGGAACUGGCUCUGACAUUCUGCGCAGGGAGUUAAACAGAGCGACCACAACAGAAGAUGCCCAGAGCUAUGGUGGACAAGCACAUCUCAGCCUGUACUUACAGAGGAGAAACUCUGCCUGCCUCUCCAUUUCUUAAAGAUUAUUCACAGAAAACUUGCCCUGAUCUCCCAAAAUGUGGACUGUAAGACCAUGUUCUUGGGAACCCCUGGACCCUCCAGGCUGCUUGCUAUCUGUACCCCCAUUUUUGUCAUCAUGCAGAAACCUCGACCUGGUCUUCAGCACACAGACCCCUCCCUCGGAUUUUAGCUCAGAUUCGCACAUGACAUGCACAUCACAGCACUGCCUCAAAGCCUUAACUUUGGAAGCCCACACAUGUCCUGCAAUGACUCAGUCCAUCCAGCUGCUCAAAAUACUCCCACCCAGCUCUCCACGGUGGCGGGGUGGACUUAGAAGGGGCAGAAGCCCCAGUUCCUCGAGAAAGAGAAUAAAACGCCAAGGUCCAGGCUGAGAUCUGGUGCACAAAAUGCCACCCCCUGAGGAUGUGUCAUCGUCUGCCUUUCAACCCAGAUCCAAUUCAGAGGCUGAGAUGUCCUCCACCCACCUCGAGCCACCACGGGGAGAGAGCCCCGUGGAAAGGACUAGUGGACGUUGCUUCUGUCUCCUUAAGCUGGUUAGAAGAUUCUUUGGUGCCUCCAAAGUUGGCAUCUGAGAGAGGAAAUUCUCCCCUUUCAGAGAGGAGCCCCCAGCGCCACACCUGUACUAGAGGAAGAGUCUCCUCCGGGUCCCCCGCCACCGCCCAGCUGUCUGCUCAGGAGAUGCGCCAGCAAGAAAUGGGUAGCACCUCAGCAGGACCCAUCUGCCAUCAUCUUGCUUGCUCCCCAACCCAUGGAAAGCAGGGCUGGGCAGGGAUGUCUCCCUGAAAAGAGAGGACCAACGCUCCCAGGAAGGGAGGUCGGAGGCUGGGAACCUGCUCAGCCACCCCUCCCGCAGCCAGACGGAGACUCCAGCCCUUCAGACCGGCUCCUGGCUACCCAGUGGUGGCUGUCAGUCCCCUGGUGGUCGCCUUUAGCACCAUUACCAGGCCCAUCCAGGCUUCCUGGUUACAAAAAGGAGCACCUGACUGAGCUGUAGAGACACAAUACCACCUUGUGAGACCCCAAAGAGGCCGGAACGCUGAGAGGGAGGGACCUGGGCCCAGGUGUGUGGGCAGGGGCUUGUCACAGCGCAGGGCCCUGCUGCAUGGCUCCGAGCCCAUGAAGAUGCGUUCUUUGAUGACCACCGACUUCCCAGCAGUGCCAGGCUGGGCGGUGCCUUUAAAACAGGCGAUCAAAGCUGUUUGCAUCGUGGGGCUGAUAAUGCGGCACCAGGGCCUGGAGACUCAAGAAUGCCCCCCCAGGUUUGGGGCCCAGGCCCUGGAGGGAAGACCAGCCGGCCUGCCCAGAUAACAUGAAGCAGCCACUUCUUCCGAGGCCCAGGACCAGAGCUCUGAGACCAGGGCGGGUCAGCGACCGCCUCUUUCUCUCGGUUCCUCCUGGGGCAAUCUGCCCACCUGCUCGCCUUCAUGUCGGGGUGCAGCCCAGGGACGCCAGCGGGCCCCCUUGUGUGGGGGCCAGGCCCUGGUCCCUGGGGUCCCGGCGGGCCUCUCCCAACCAGUCCCCUCCAGAACCCUUCCUCCAUUCCUCAGCCUGGCAGGAGAGCCGCUCUCCUCCAAAGUCACCAUCUUGCCUGGGCAGGUAGCCAAGACAGAGACCAGGCUGGACCUCAGCCGCAGCUGGACCUGCCGGAGAGCAUCAGACUGGCUGAUGGGCCUUCUAGAAGGAGCAGUCACGCUCAGCUCCCACCCCCAAGGCAAUAAUUGUUUUGACUGCGUCUCAGUGUUCCUCCUGGGGCACAGCCACACACACGCUGGGCCUUUGAGUCUGUGCCUCGGGGGACAGAGGGCACUACCGGCGAGCAGGCAUCUGCUCACAGGUAGGGCUUUUGGCAAUGAUCGUUUUUCAAAAUAUGCCCAUUGUUUCAUUAAACCUGAUGUUGGCUUCUCUGCUUGUUUGGCACCACUGUAGCACCGUAUAUUUUAUCUAACAUUCCUGUGCCAAACGUUCAUGUUUUGAUAACCUGUGAUCUUGCUUGUCUCUAAACUAAAACUCCAGCUACUGGAUCAACAGAAACGAGGGUGGAGGCUCGCGAGCUCCGUGCUCUGGGCAGGCCGGCGGCUCCCGAGACGCACCUGCUCAGUUGGCCGCCACCGCCGCCGCCGGGGUCCCGCCCCCUCCCUUCGGCCACGCCCAUGGCCGUGGCCGGCCGGGUGUUGCUGCUUCUCAGUUCCCUCAAGGAGCCCUUACUUUCGUCUCUGAAUCCUAACACCCACAUUCAGUGUGUUUCCUUACCUACCCAGCUUCUAAAGAGAAGUUUAAAAAAAAAUCCGGCUUCCCUGAAAGACAGUUGAGCCCACCGCAGUGAUGAGCACCCUCCCCCCAUAGAACAUGCUGGAUUCAGGGGUGUUUUGAGGUCCAGGGGUUCAGUGGCGCGUGAAUGUUUUGCUGUCAUCAUUGAAAACCACUAGCUGCCCGCCCUGGCUCCCCCUUGCACCCAAAUCCGGUCAGGUCUGCUUCCCGCCUUCGCCAGCUACAAGGCAGGAAGCCGCCACUCGAAGCCGCAGGGGAGGCACCUUGGCAAGAGCUGCAAGGGGGCCAUGGAAGGGUACGAGAUGGCGGCUCACAUGUUUGCAGCCGGAGCUGUGAACCCCUCAGAGAUGAGCUGGAGGGCGGGCGGUGCCAGCAGGGAGGGGGUGGUGGAGAUAAUUAGGACUUUUUGUUACCUAGGAUUCAUCCUAGAAGCCUCAGCUCCCCCAGCCCUGGCCCAGCCUGUUGGUAGAACACUUGGCUUAACUCACCAGAUGCUGACUUCUUGCAGGAGGGGGUCUUUUGACUGCAGGUGCCACGGUGAGUCCCCUGCGGAGGCCCAGGGCCCAGCCGGAGUCACCCACGAGCGGGUCCCAGUGACUGCCGGGGGAGGUCACAGGGCGACACAGCUGGAGUCUAGUCCCGCGUCUGUAUGUAAACGAGGCCCAGAAGCCUGCAGAUUGGCUCUGAAACAUGUAGUGUUAUCUUAACCACCCUCUUCUGUUAAGGUUUACACGGUAGAAUUUUUAAACAAAUGUGUUUAAUUUUCUAAAAUCUCUUGUAUUAAAAUUUUCUUUUGGAAUAAUCUGUGGUAAUUUUGUUACAAUCUGGUUUGAGAUACACCUCUUUACAGCGACAAAAUAAAAACGGUGACAUUUUAUAAGUUA